CUAAUAUUGAGUCGUAUGAAAUUGAUAAAUCCCAUUCCGGAGCUCCACACGUGCAGAAGAUAAAAUACACGGGAAAUUAAUUUGGAAAAAUCGACUAAUUUUCGCAGAAUAAUGGACGUUUCAAUGGGAGAGAAGAAAAAGAAGAAGAAGAUCAAAGACGAACCAGUCGAAAGUCUUGGCGAAAUUCAAAAGAAUCAGAGCUUCACAGUCGAGCCAUCCGAAAAGAAGGCUGUUUUGGAUUCAUCACAAUGGCCUUUGUUGUUGAAACAUUUCGACAGAUUGAACAUUCGUACCAAUCAUUACACCCCCUUGCCAUUCGGAUCGUCGCCCUUGAAUCGCGAAAUUAAGGAUUACAUCUCGUCGGGAUGCAUGAACGUCGAUAAACCUUCAAAUCCAUCGUCGCACGAAGUUGUCGCCUGGAUAAAACGCAUUUUGAAGGUCAACAAAACCGGGCAUUCGGGAACUCUUGAUCCAAAAGUCACGGGCUGCUUGAUCGUUUGUGUCGAUCGGGCAACGCGCUUGGUUAAAAGUCAACAAUCGGCAGGAAAGGAAUACGUUGCGGUCUUUAAAUUGCAUUCAGCUGUCGAAUCGCUUGCUCGUGUCAAUCAAGGUUUGGAGAAAUUACGAGGAGCGUUGUUCCAAAGACCUCCGUUGAUUUCUGCUGUGAAGCGACAACUUCGUGUACGGAGCGUUUAUGACAGUUUGCUGCUGGAUUACGACAACAAUCGUAACAUGGGUGUCUUUUGGGUGAGUUGUGAGGCAGGUUCGUACAUCCGAACGAUGUGUGUUCAUUUGGGCUUGGUUCUCGGCGUCGGCGGACAAAUGUUGGAGUUGCGUCGUGUUCGUUCGGGCAUCCAGUCGGAAAAGGAUAACAUGGUAACGAUGCACGAUAUUUUGGAUGCGCAGUAUUUGUACGAGAAUCACAAAGACGAGAAAAUGUUGCGACGUGUCGUGAAGCCGCUCGAAUGCUUGUUGACGGGACACAAGCGAAUCAUCAUGAAAGACAGUUCGGUGAAUGCCGUUUGUUAUGGUGCCAAAAUUAUGUUGCCCGGCGUGUUGCGAUACGAAGACGGUAUCGAGCUGAAUGAGGAAAUUGUUAUUGUGACGACGAAGGGAGAAGCAAUCGCCUUGGGCAUCGCUCUAAUGACGACAGCGACAAUGGCGAGCUGCGAUCAUGGGGUUUGCGCGAAAAUUAAACGCGUUAUUAUGGAACGCGACACAUAUCCACGUCGAUGGGGACUCGGGCCGAAGAGUUCGCAGAAGAAACAGCUGAUUGCGGCGGGAAAAUUAGACAAAUACGGAAAACCCAAUGAAAAUACGCCCAAAGAAUGGCUAACGGGAUACGUUGAUUACAACGUGGCGAGCGGAACACCCGCUGUUGCGACAGAAACGAAUGGCACAGAGUCUUCCAAGAGAAAAUUGAGUAUCAGUAGCAAUGCGGAUCAAUCAAUGAACGCAUCCGCCGCUUUAGAUGACUCGACAGUCAAAAAGAGCAAGAAAAAGAAGAAGAAGACAGAUGAGGAAGCUCCUGAAGAAACGCCUGAAACUCCCGCAGCUGAAGAAGAGGAGGCUCCCAAAAAAGAAAAGAAGAAGAAGAAAAAGAAGGACAAAGACCAAGAACGCGAAGAUGAAUAAAUUUUGCAUUUUCACAAAAACCGAAAAAUCAAUCAUUCACGUAAGCAUUUCAGUUAAACACUCAUAUUUUUUAUGAUUCGGAGCUUAUCCAUACCUCAUAGACGUUAAGUUCAAAGCUCACCACAGAAAAAAAUGACCAAAAGUUAUAAAAAAAAAAAAUCGUUCAUGGUCAGACAUUUUGUUUAAAAUUUAUUUUCCUCGAAAUGAGGAACCAACAUUUAAUUUUUCAACAAAUUACUUAUAGAUUUUACAUAAAUUUAAAUGAUGUAAAUUAAAUUUUACAUGAACUUGAAGAAAAAAGAAAUAAAAGAAUAUUUUUAA